UCGCUUCAACCAUUGAUUCUUGCAAAACGUUUUUUCUUGCUACACCCGCGAGCCUAGCUGCUAGUUUAAACGAUAGGUUCGCUAGGCUAGCUUCGCUCGAUUCGCUAAGCGCUAUGCAACACGCCACCGUUGUUCAAUACGCUUCACCGAUCUACGACGCACUUCCGUUAUUCGCUAAGACGGUGCUAUCUAUUUUUUCUUUUUGGUUGUUGUUUUCAAAGAGAAUUUUCUGGAGUCAAGAUGCCUUUGUGGAUUAAUGAGAAAAGUACUGAUCAUGUCUCUGGAUCCCUGGCAGAAUUUUUUCAAAUAUUUCCAGUGCUGAAGAUUUCUGCAUCAUAUUUAACAAGCCAAAAGCCUAAUGAAUUUGGCCCCAAAGAUCUUCUGUAUAUUGGACAAAGAGAGUAUGGUGGGACAUGUCCAGAUGAUGAUGUGAUAAAAAUAAUAGGCUCUGAAGGUGCAACAACCUGCCACAUUGGUAUUUUGAGACAUACAGGCUCAGGUGCUGUAUGUAUGCUGCAUUUUGAUGGAUACAGCAUGAAUCAGGGAGUUGAAUCCAUGGUGCAGCUGAUUUUAGAGCUGUCACAACACAAGCUUGAAGGCAGGCUGGAAUUCCAUGUUGUUGGUGGUUUUAUGGAUGAUAAUCACAUCUCAGAGAAGAUCUCCAUGGCUCUGUUUAGACAUCUUUCUCAGUGCAAAGAAGAUAUUUACCUGGUGACAGCUUGCAUUGGAGAUGUAAACACAACUUACAAAAAUGGUGUUCCUUUCCCUGUCAUAUAUGGUGUUGCUGUGGACGUUCAGACAGGAGCCAUUUAUAAUGCUUCCUUUCCGGACCAUGGGCCAGAUGAACCUUUGCGCAGUACUCGAGUCUUCAGUGGUAAUUCUGAUCCUAUGGACCAAGGAGUCAUUGCUACAUUCAAGGCCUCCGAAAGACAAUUCCUUUGGCUUUAGCGGCAACUGAGAGGAACAAGGACUUGACUCUGAUGGACUUUUGGAAAUCAUACAACAUCCUUGAUGCUGUGAAGAACAUUGCUGAUUCCCGGGGUGAGGUUAAGCAGACAAACAUGAAUGGUCUUUGAAAAAAACUGUGUCCCCAGUUUGUGAAUGAUUUCCAAGGGUUUACAGAGACAGUUGAUAAUGUUAUCGAGAAAGUUGUUGCCCUGAAUAAGGAAAUUAAUUUGGAGGUGGAGGCUAAUGAUGUCACAGAGCUACUGGCAUCUCAUGGAGAGGAGUUAUCUGCUAAGGACCUUAUCCAACUGGAGAAGUAGAUGAUAGAGGACGAGGAAGACACACCAACCCUAGAGCCCAAGAGAUUUACAAGGCAGGGCUUGGCAGCAGGUUUUGCCCUGAUAGAAGAAGGGUCGUCAAGGUUUGAGGCUGAGGAUCCCAACAUGGACAGGUACACUAAGGUUGCCAGAGGGGUUAUGGAUUGCCUGUGGUGUUACCAGGAGAUCUUGGAGGAGAAGAAGAUGGUCUCCUUCCAGACUAACUGGACUAAAGCAGUAUUUCAAGAAGAUGGAGAGGCCUGCAAGAGAUCCUGUACCUGCAGAAAACGUAUUUUCUACUUUUAAAGAAGUUUUGAUUAGAGUAAUAGUGUAGGGAAAAUCAACCGCGAUCUGGGCAAGCUGGCACCACGUCGGCCCUGACUGUCGCAACAGUCGUCUAGCUACCCUAUUCAGCACUGGUGCUUCAGUCGGAGACAGCGAAAACAUCUAACGUAAGCGGCCGCGAUUAACGUACGGCCAGGUGAGAUAAUUGUAUAACAGUACUACCCCUUAUUGACCAGCUAUAUCCGGGAAUCACCUAAGGCGACCAACGCCCCUUUAGUAAUGUCUUUAGACCCUUUUUACAUGUGCAAGGUGACCGGAAGGAAGAAACAAGGCAGUCUGGUACAGAGAAAGAAACUUUACUUUCCCGGGUGGCAAGCUAGCGAGUGGCCAAUAGAGGGUCCAUCUUGCAGAGAAAGUGUCCGCAGGACUUAGCCAAGAUUCGAGCCCGACUGGCGAAAGCCAACCAGACCUUCGCCUCACUCAGGAGCACAUGGAAGGCAAAAAACAUCAGUCAGAAGAACAAGCUGAGAAUCUUCAUGUCAAAUGUGAUCAGCACCCUCC